GGCGAGUGCCGUUGUCGUCGUGCGGAAAUCCAAUUGAUCUGAACGAUUUCCUGGUUCACCAACGGCUGUUCCGCAUUCUUCUGCUGGAGUGCCCGUGUCCCAUCACCAGCCCGUCUCCAUUCGUUUUGGCGGCUCGGUGGCGGUUCUUGUCAGUCCUUUUCCGCAAUACUUACUUGGCCUUUGUUUGCUUGUUGAGCCGUUUGGUUGUCGACACCUCGGGCUUCAGAGCCAAGGGACCGUCUCGCUCGUCACACGCGUCGUCUCCCAGCGAACCGAAUCGUGUUGUGGCUCUGCCUUGCAUAGUUCUCAGCUGCAGGUUUGCCACAGUCGUAAACAUCACGACUUCCGAGCCUCGUUGAACAUCCUUUGUCCGCUCGCUAUAUCCUCCUAAUAUCCACACCUGGCUGCCCGAGAUACCGUUUCUUCUGGCCGAACUAGACGACACGACCUGAACGCCCCCAACGGGCCGUGGUCGUUCUGUGCUUGGGAGACUCUUCUCAACUCGGAACGCUGCGACGAUGGCAAACCACCAGGCCCGCAUGUCCAUGUACUCGGUCGCCUCGGAGGGCCUCGGUGUCCCCCGAGGCGCCGGGCAGUCGGCCCAGGUGUCAACGACGACACUGCUAAACGCGGUCCACAACAUCUACCUCGCCUCUCAGCCAUACCAACUGGAUGUCGGCACAAGCCUUGUGGUCAACACCUGGCUCACUGCCACCCAGGCCGGCCCUGAUGGUCGCACAGGAGGCACCGUCGACCCUGCCCUGGCCGCCCGGGCUUGGGAACACGCGCGUCGCCGUGCGGAAGAUGGUUGCAUCAUCCUGGGGUCUCUACAUCAGUCCACCCCUUCGGUCCUGGGCCCCUUUCUCUCCUCGCUGCCCAUGAGCAUCCCCUCCUCGCUAUUCAAGGCGAUCGACGCCCUCAACCCCUUCCUCCACUCUGUGGCACCCUUCAACCCCUCGGCCCCGCGCCACUCGGCCCUCGGCGUGACCCUGACCCUCAACCUGGCCGGCAACUUGACAGCGGCGAGCCUGGCUCUGUCCCAGACUGGGAUAGACACCACUAAAGGACUGCUCAACAUUCCAGCUGAAUCUGGGUACCGCGCCUUCGACGUCUUUUAUCACCUUCUUUCAUCAUCAUCCACACCUGCCGAGCGGGAAUUCCUCGGCCUGAAGAGCGCCUCCAACUACAAGCUUCUCGCGAGGUCUGGCACGUACGAUCCGCCUUCUUACCUGCCUACCGCUGAUGAUGGGGCCGCCGCCGACGACCUCCGCUCCGCGCUCAAGGAUAUCGGUAUUAAGGGCUCUGCCCAUCGCGACUUCAUCUCCAUGCUCGCCGGCCUUUUGAAGCUCGGCAACACGCUGGACUACGACGUCGACGCUGAUGCCUUGGAUGAGAUUUGUGAGGAUGUCGGUGGUCUUCUUGGUCUGGAGCCCGAGGCCCUGUCGAAGCAGUGCACCACUCAGGACCGUCAGACUUUGAUCGGCGGCCUUUACGAGGCUCUCGUCGACUGGGUUAUCUCCAAGGCCAACCAAGCCAUCAAGGCCCAACUGGCGCGAAUCCGGGACGGUGACGAGUCGAGCGACGGUGGCCGCGGCGCCAGAACCCCCAAUACCACAGAAGACAAUGGAGACACCGUCUGUAUCACGGUGGUUGAGAUUCCAGACCCCGCCGUGGGCAAGGCCAUUUGCAUGCGCGGCAUCUUCGACGAUAGCCAGGGAAUCAACUCCGAGAUGAAGCAGGACGGAGUGGAUGUGGCUUCUGUCGGUCCCUCUGUCGUGCGCGAGAUGCAGACUGCUGUCAGCGAGGCCGAGCCCGAGCUUGGAAUCAUGACUGGUCAGGCCGGCAGGGAGCGACAGCAUUUGCUGCAGAAGCGCGAAGACGUUCUGGAGAAGGUUGGCUUCGUCGCCGACGACGACGGUUUCCUCAAGAAGCUGCUCUUCCCUGUCCCCGGCCAAGGUAUCAACCUCGGCAGGGAGGGCCGCAUGGACCUUGCCUCCAUCCUGAGCAGCAGCCGUGCGUGGUAUCACCUGUCAAUCCACCCUACAGACGAAUCCCCCGCCAGUCUCGCUGCUCUGCCUUCCAUCAACUCGGCCUGGUCUGCCGGCACUGUCUCGCGACAGCUCCGAGCCUGGAGGCUCCCUGAGUGGGCCAACAGGCGAAACAAGAGCCUGGAUUUUACUGCUGAUUUCGACAUGGACGAGUUUGUCCAGCGCUACCAGAUCCUCGGCUGCAAGGAUGGCCGCGAUGGCAUCGAGAGCUGGGUCCUUGAGCGUGGCUGGAGCAAUGGUGAAGUUGUCGUCGGAAACGAGCGCAUCUGGAUGAGGGAGCACGCAUGGUGGGAGGCCGAGAGCAUGCUCGACAUGAAGCCCCCGGGUGACAACAUGCCCCUCGGUGCUUCCACCAUGAUGGGUAUGGACACGGGAUAUUCUGCCGCGGGCAGCGGUUACUUCCCUCCUCAUGUCGACCUCGCCUCCAACGGUAGCCGCGACCAGCUGCUCAACCACCAGAGGAACCAGAGCCAGGCCACCCUGACCCGAGGGCUCAAUGCUGCCCCCUCCAUCGCCCCAUCAGGCAUGCGCAACGUUAGCGCUGGCGAUUACGGUCUUGGCAACAAGGGUGACAACUUCCGCGACGCCGUGGAGUUCAACGGGGAAGGCGAGUUUGUCAACUCGCUCGACCCCGAGUUUGCUAGCGGAAAGAAGCUCGAGGAGGAGAAGACUACUGCCAAGCGGAGAGUCUGGGUUGCUGUCGUUUGGGCCCUCACCUUCUGGAUUCCCUCGCCUCUCCUCCGCUAUGUCGGCCGGAUGAAGCGCCCUGACGUCCGUAUGGCAUGGCGCGAGAAGGUGGUUCUCUGCUUCUUCAUUCUGCUCAUCAACGCCCUCAUCAUCUUUUGGAUUAUCUUCUUCGGUCGCAUCCUGUGCCCCAACUUCGACAAGGUUUGGAAUCGAGCCGACGUCUCGCAGCACCAGGGCGGAGAUGAUUUCUGGAUCAGCAACCGCGGCAAGGUCUACGACAUUACCAAGUUCUACAAGGUCCCGCACGGUUACACUGGUCGUGAGACCACGGCGGACCAGAUGCAGCCCUUCGCUGGACUCGACAUGGACCCCUAUAUCCAGCCCCUCCUUUUCAAGGCUUGUCCUGGCAUCGUGACCGACCAGAACCUCGCUCUGACCCAAAACGACACUAGGAUUGAGCACGCCGAGGGCAUGCACAUCUCUGGCAAACGGUCGCCUUACACUGGAGCCAAGAUCACGGAUCCCGAUUGGUAUGGCAAUGUGUACCUCCCUCGCCUUAAGGAGUACUAUAAGGGUGAACUAGUUUGGGACGUGGACCAGAUCAAGAAGGACGGACAGGACAGCGGGCUCCAGCGCGUCAUCUAUGAUAACAAUGUCUAUGACCUGAGCGACUAUUUCAACACCCUCAAGACCAUGAGCAACCUCCCCCAGUUCCAAUUCCUGGACAGCAGCAUGGUUGAGGUCGUCCGUCGCAAUCCCGGCACCGAUGUCACGGACCAGUGGAAGGGCCUGUUCAAGAACGCAGCCUCGAGCAAUCAGACUCGCUCCAUCAUCCUGCAGAACAACAUGGUCUGCCUUGAUUCAUACUUCAAAAUCGGCACCACUGAUUUCCGCAAGUCGGCUCGAUGCACUACCAACAACUGGCUUCUUCUAGCUUACGCCAUUCUCAUGGGUGCUAUUGUGCUGCUCAAGUUCGUCUCGGCGCUGCAGUUUGGAUCCAAGCGUCGCCCGUCGCCUCAAGACAAGUUUGUCAUCUGCCAGGUCCCAGCUUAUACUGAAGGCGAGGAUUCGCUGCGCAAGGCCCUGGAUUCUCUGACGGCUCUCGAAUACGACAACAAGCGCAAGCUUAUCUGUGUCAUCUGUGACGGUGUCCUCGUUGGUGCUGGCAAUGACCGUCCCACGCCCAAGAUCGUUCUCGAUAUCCUCGGUGUCGAUCCCAAGCUCGACCCUCCCGCCCUGCCCUUCAAGUCUGUCGGAACCACCAGCGAGCAGCUCAACUACGGAAAGGUGUACUCUGGCCUCUACGAGUACGAGGGCAAUGUCGUGCCGUACAUCGUGGUCGUUAAAGUCGGCAAGGAGUCGGAGCAGAGCAAGGCCAAGCCCGGCAACCGAGGCAAGCGUGAUUCGCAGAUUCUGCUCAUGAGCUUCCUUAACCGUGUCCACCACCGCUCCCCCAUGAACCCGCUCGAGCUCGAAAUGUUCCACCAGAUCAACAACAUUAUUGGUGUUGACCCCGAGCUUUACGAGUAUCUCCUGAUGAUCGAUGCCGACACUUGCGUCCGCGAGGAUUCGCUGAACCGACUGGUCGCCUCGUGUGCGAACGAUGCCAAGAUCGCUGGUAUUUGCGGAGAGACCAGCUUGCAGAACGAGGAGAAGUCGUGGUGGACGAUGAUUCAAGUUUACGAGUACUUCAUUUCUCACCACAUGGCGAAGGCCUUCGAGUCCCUGUUUGGCAGCGUCACCUGUUUGCCCGGCUGCUUCACCAUGUACCGUCUGAGGACCUCUGACCGCGGUAAACCCCUGAUCAUUUCGGACGGCGUCAUCCGCGACUACAGUGAUUGCAACGUCGACACCCUUCACAAGAAGAAUCUGCUGUCUCUCGGAGAGGAUCGUUACCUCACCACGCUCAUGACCAAGCACUUCCCCUACAUGUCGUACAAGUUCAACCCCAAUGCUUACUGCCAAACGGCUGCCCCCGAGUCCUGGAGCGUUCUUCUGUCCCAGCGUCGCCGAUGGAUCAAUUCCACCAUCCACAACCUGGUCGAACUGAUGGCCCUCAAGGAAAUGUGCGGUUUCUGCUGCUUCAGCAUGCGUUUCGUCGUGUUUGUGGAUCUGUUCGGAACCAUCAUUCUUCCGUCGACAACCAUCUACCUCGCCUACCUCAUCUACACUGCCGCGACCGGCAUCUCGCCCUUCCCGCUCAUUGCCAUUAUCAUUCUGGCGGCCGUUUACGGGUUGCAGGCGUUGAUCUUCAUCCUCAAGAGGCAAUGGCAGCACAUCGGCUGGAUGAUCAUCUAUAUCCUUGCCUUCCCCAUCUACUCCUUCGUGCUUCCCAUCUACUCCUUCUGGAACCAGGACAACUUCUCGUGGGGUAACACCCGCAUCGUCGUUGGUGAGGCCGGCCAGAAAACGCUUGUUGCCGUCGAUGGCGAGAAAUUCGACCCGCGCUCCGUCCCCCUGCAGCGCUGGGACGACUACGCUCUGCAGAACAACCUGCCCGGCCGCCGCGGCGGUGGCCCCAACGAGAAGCCCCAGGACCAUGUCUUCGACGACGCCUACGAGAUGGACGACAUGAAGUCUGUGUACUCCUCAGUCCGCCAGGGCUCCAUCCUCACCGGCCUCCAGAACCGCGGCACCGCCUACAUGCCGCCCCACUCACCCGCCGCCUUCCACAACCGCUCCAACACCAUGGGCACCUCGCCCCUGGCCGGCUACUCGGACCAACCUGGCCCCGCCAUCGCCCACCGGCAGUCCAUGGCCAGCAUGGGCGGCAUCGCCCAGUCGCCGUACCAGGACUACCCGGCCCACGGGCGCAUGACGAGCAUGAGCAACCUCCGCGGCAUGGGCGGCGCCUCGCCCGUUCCGCGCGCCGGUACCGCCAUGAGCGGCUACAUCGGCGGCGCCAGGACGCCGCUCGGCGGCGAGAGGAGCCAGAGCGCGCUCGGCUUCGACUUCCAGCGCGGCGCCGCCGGCCCCGACGACGCCAUGAUCGUCGACGCCAUCCGCGCCGUCCUCGCCGAGGUCGACCUCGACACCGUCACCAAGAAGCAGGUUCGCGCCCUCGUGGAGCAGAGGUUGCAGACGGAGCUGGUGGGCGAGAGGAGAACGUUCUUGGAUCGCCACAUCGACAAUGAGCUUGCCAACAUGUAAUUCUCGUUCCGCAUAAAGCCCUGGCAGCCGUCUCUCUGUCGUUGACUUUUUCGUCGUCCCUGUUUGAUCUGGAGCAAAAAAAAUAUUGUCACAUACUCCCAGCCUGUUUGUAUCGCUCUUUUUGGUCUAUCCAUUGGGAAAUUUUGCGUGUAUAAGCCGAUUAUUUCUGUCAUUCCAAGCCAUUCCGCGCUUAUUGCUGUUGCUUGCGUUAUGGCACCAAUAGUUCGAGCUUGUCUUUGAUACUUCAUCUCAUUUAUAUAGGCCGUUACCAGCCACCCAAACUAAUAAUCACGGUCAUGUGUCACGAAGCACGCACGCUUUCCUGUCUUGUUUUGCUGGUUGUUGUUGGUUUAUCAAAAUUGCGCUGGUAUUUAGACUGAACCCAAAUAAAAGGAUUUUGAAUCACUUGCCGUGGAACUGGGUUUUUGGUGUCC